CCAAUCUUGAGAUCCAGUUGACGACAGCACACGUCAGCAAACCAAUUUAGAAUCUCAAUAAUUUAGUAGUUGAAUUCAGAUCACACUAAUACACCAUUAAUUUCCUUACCAAAACAAGGGAAUAUAAGCAUCUAACAAAAAGAAUCAUGCAACUCCCUUAAAUCCUUAUCAUAGGAUCCAAAAAAACAAGAACCCAAAAAAAAAAUGGCAACAGGCAAUGCAUAUCUUGGUUCAUUAAAACAAAGUUUUCAUGAACAAACAAACAAACAAAGAUUACUAUCCAAUAAAGGGUACUCAGAGUUAGGUGUAGGUGGUGCAUCUUAUACAGAAAACGAGAAUUUUCUACAACGUCUGCGUUAUGGAGUUUAUCAGUACUUUAACAAUGUUAAACAAGCUGCAAUUAAAGCAGUUCAAAUGGGUCGUAAUGAUCCAAGAAAGAUUAUCUUUUCUGCUAAAGUGGGUUUUGCUCUUGCACUUGUUUCCAUCCUUAUUUUCUUUAAAGAACCACUUCCUUAUAUUGGUAAACAUUCCAUUUGGGCGAUACUUACUGUUGUCGUCGUGUUUGAAUUCAGUAUAGGUGCGACACUUAGCAAAGGAUUUAACAGGGCUUUGGGGACAUUAUCUGCUGGAGGAUUAGCUUUGGGCAUUGCUGAACUGUCUCUUAUGGCUGGAGAAUGUCAAGAGAUUGUGAUUGUGAUCAGUGUAUUUAUUGCAGGAUUUUGCGCGACUUAUUUGAAACUGUAUCCUGCACUGAAGCAAUAUGAAUAUGGAUUCCGGGUCUUCUUAUUGACAUAUUGUAUAGUGCUAGUAUCGGGGACUUCAGAUUUUGUUAAUACAGCUGUUUCUCGAUUGUUGCUAAUUGGGGUUGGAGCUGCUGUUUGUUUGCUUAUAAAUGUCUGCCUCUUCCCCAUUUGGGCUGGUGAAGAUUUGCACAAGUUGGUGGUGAAAAAUUUUAACGGUGUCGCUACUUCUUUGGAAGGUUGUGUCAAUGACUAUUUGCAAUGUCUUGAAUACGAUAGGAUACCAUCAAAAAUUCUUCUUUACCAGGCAUCCGAUGAUCCUAUCUACAGUGGUUACAGGGCUGCUGUAGAGUCCACCAGCCAAGAAGAGUCUCUGUUAGCUUUUGCUGUGUGGGAACCCCCUCAUGGACGUUACAGAAUGCUCAAGUAUCCUUGGGGUGAAUAUGUUAAAGUCAGUGGUGCAUUAAGGCACUGUGCUUUCAUGGUCAUGGCAAUGCAUGGGUGCAUGCUUUCGGAAAUACAGGCAGCAUCUGAAUUGAGGCGGACUUUUAUGAAGGAGAUUCAGAGAGUUGGGACUGAAGGAGCCAAAGUGAUACGGCAGCUUGGAGAGAAAGUAGAAAAGAUGGAGAAACUAAGCCCUGGAGACCCUCUCAACGAAGUUCAUGAGGCUGCUGAGGAUCUCCAAUUGCUGAUUGACCAAAAAUCUUAUCUUUUAGUUAAUGCAGAGAAUUGGGAAAGUUCAAAAAGACCUAAGAAGUUUGAAGAUCCUGAACGCCUUCAAGAACUGAAGGACAAUGAACCUAAACCCAUGGUAAUUAACUCCCUCAGUGAAGCAACUCUCCAUCUAAGGUCUGCUCACACGUUGAAACACAUGGAUACUCUUAAUCCAAAUGUAAGCGUCAACUUUUCUACUUCACAAUGGGGUUCCUCAGCAGAUGUGUUUGCGCAGCAGACAAUGUGGCCUUCACGGCUUUCACUUAUUGGAGAUGUGAUUUUAAACGAACGUGAAGUACGGACUUUUGAAAGUGCUAGUACGUUGUCACUGGCAACAUUUACUUCCUUGUUGAUUGAGUUUGUUGCAAGACUCCAGAAUCUUGUAAGUGCAUUUCAAGUGCUCAGUGAGAAGGCAAAAUUUAAGGAACCUGUAGAUGCAUCUGAUACAAAAGAGGCACCUACUCUUUGAGGCAGGUUAAGGCUUGGAAUGAAAUCUGCUUUUUUGAAGUUAGCAAUGUUUUGAGAUGAUUAUAUUAAGAGUUGUAGAAAUGUCAAGGACAGAUUUCUGUUCUGCAGCAUGUUUUCGGAGACUGUAUGAGCUGUGAAUCCAGGAGAUAAAGAUUUCCUUGACCCAAAAAGUGUAUUAGUGCGUGAAGUUACAUGUACAUUAAGAUUUAUAUUUGUUUCUGAUGAAUCCAUAAAGCAUGCAAGAUUUUUAAAGAACAUUAGCUGGAUAAUAUGGCCUUGUUAUGAUA